AUGAAUUUAGAAGAAGAAAACGAUAGCUACUUUUUAAGUAUAGUUGUUUCUUUAUUAAUUUUUUCAUUUCUUUUAUAUAUAUUAAGAAAAUAUAUAAAAGGAAAACAAUUUACUGAAAAUACAAAAGCAACAGAUAAAGUUAUAAUUAUAACUGGAGCUAAUACAGGAAUAGGGAAACAACUUUCAAGAGAAUUAAAUAUAAGAAAAGGAAAAGUUUAUAUGUUUUGUAGAGAUGAAAAAAAAGCAUUUGAAGCUAAAGUAUCUUUAACAAAAUAUGGUUGUGAUUCAACAAGAUUUAUUACAAUAAAAUGUGAUUUAACAAGUAUCUCAUCAAUUAAAAAUGCUGUUGAGGAAUUUAAAAAACAUGAGAAUCAUCUUGAUAUUUUAAUAAAUAAUGCAGGUGUUAUGUUUGUACCAAAAUUUAAACUUACUGAAGAUAAUUGCGAAUUAACAUGGCAAUCAAAUUAUCUUGGUCAUUUUAUACUUACAGAGUUAGUUCUUCCUCUACUUGAAAAAUCAUCAGGUGGAAGAAUUAUUAAUGUUAGUAGUUACUUACAUGAACAUUGUCACGAUAUUAAUUUAGAAAAAAUAAAUGAUAAAUCAUAUUUUGGAUCAUUAAAAUCAUAUAAUAUGUCAAAACUUGCUCAAGUAUUACACGCAAAAGAAUUAACAAGAAGAAUUAGAGAAAAAAAUGCCUUAUCAAAAAUUACUAUUAAUUCAUGUGAACCUGGAGUUGUUAAUACAGACUUAUUAAGACAUACAUUUUUAAAAUAUGAUAUUAUAUCUACAAUCGUAAAACCAUUUAAGUGGUUCUUCUUUAAAACUGCACAAGAUGGAGCUCAAUGUCCAUUAUAUUUAGCCUUAAGUACAACUGUUGACUCCAUAUCUGGUAAACAUUUUAACGACUUAACUGAAAAAACUGUCAUUAACAAACUUGCUAAUGAUAAAGAUUUAUGCAAGGAGUUAUAUGACUACAGUUUGCAAUAUGUUAAUUAA